GUUCACCUCUUGUACCCUCUGGUAGGCGAGGCUGAGACAUUUGUUUAGUAAGGGCGUGUCGCGUACCGGUGCUCCUUCUUCGCCAGCCUGCCAAGCCAGGGCUUGUACCCAUGGAGAUUACAGGUGUGUUAUGAAAGCAUUAGAGGUACAGCAGAGACCGGUAGAUACCUGAGAUUCAGAGGAAGAUCAAGGGAGAGACGGAGUGAUAACACAAGAGGCAGUGAGAGAUGAGGGAUGGACAUAGGGAAGUCACUGGAAAGACAGAAUGAGCGCGCAUUCUGUAGUCGGGAGAUGGUGCAGCCAGGGCGUAGCUCCACUGUGAGUUGCUAUGUCAAACCGUGACUCGCUGGGGUUCGGGGAACUGCUUCCCCAGGACGUGGUUGAUAUUUUUGCCCAGGAGAAGCACAGCAAGAGGGGCCGGAAGAAGCGCAGUCGCUCCCUGAACCAAGCUCUGACCUGGCUGAAGGGUAAGAAGAGGAAGGAUCUUGAUGCUAAGGGAAAACGCCUGGGUCUAGGUCCUGCACUUGACUUAGCUUUGGAUGGGCAUCAGGGUGGACACAAGGGAGGACUGAAGUCAGGAAGACAGACUCAUUCACAAGGUAACAUUAAUGCUGUCCCAAAGCGAGAUGACGAUGACAAGACCCCGGCACCCCCGUUGCUCCAGGAGAACGUGUUCAUUGAGGCCAGCAGGCCCAAAUAUCUGGAGAACCUUCACUCCGAGGCCCUGGAGGGAUUAAAAAUGAUGCAGCAGGAAGAAUCAAACAAUGGAAUAGAGUUCCAGGACAAUGAAAGCGUGAUUUCGUCAAUGACAGUCCACACAGACGGCGAAGGUGGAGGGUUUAUGACCGACAGUACCAUAUCUUCUGUCGUCUCUGUACAAUCAUCUGUGUCCACAAGAUCUUCCCGAUCUGGACUCACCAGACAAGAAUCAACAUUCAGGCCCUUGAACUCUGGCAAAAAGUCAGAAAAGACCAAGACAAGGAGAAGACACAGGAAGACUGUUGCGGGAAUCCCACAGCAUGUUCAGAGAGAACUGGGCCUGGACAGAGUGGGUUGGGCACUGACUCAGAGGUUAGAUGAGGAACAGCUCUAUAAUGGUGAAACUGACAACUCAACCACUGAUGGGCCACAAAAGGGAGCCAGUGCCAGCCUUCAGAACAUGAACACCAACCUUCCCCUCAACAAAGACCAACUCAAGCAGUUUGGUGACCAUGCUGGUCAUAGGGAUGACCUUGGCCUGCUGCACCGCCUUGGUCCGGACUUCUCAGGUGGGCAGAGGAAUCAGUCCCUGGCCGUUCCCUGGAUGACCACUGCCAACAGCCUCCAGCAGGAGCCGCCGAGCCCUGUCAUUACCAUGUCACCCCAGGCCGCCUAUAUGUCCAAAAUCAUUCCCAACGCUGUGCUGCCACCCUCCAUCGAGGUGCUGGAAAUAAGCCGUGGACGGAGUCACAACAGCAUCCGCACCGUCAGCAAGAGCAGUCUGCUGCUGUCCAGCCCGCCCCCCUCCCGUGCUUCCUCAAGAGCCUCUUCCUCCAGAACCACUUCCUCGAGAUCCUCCAACAUCACCUCCGCCUCCCGCUACAACCCUAUGAAUAUGUCCGACAGCUCUUGUUGGAGCAACUCUGAGUCCUCAGAGACCUUGGUAUCUGACUCCUCUACUAUAUCCAGGAGCAGCACCCCAAGACAGAGGAGGUCACAGGGCGGAGAUGCCUCUGCUAAAGAGGACAAAAUCAGUGUUCACUCCUCCAUCAGCAAGGUUUCAAAAUGCACGUCCAAUGGCAAGCUCAUUAUUAAAGGGGAGGGGAUUAAAAACGACGAGCCGUUUGCGCGUAGCCUCUCUGUCAUGAAACCCAAGAGAGCUCCUCCUCCUCCAAGCCGCUCCUAUUCCCUUCACAAUAAGAUGAAGCGACGGUCACGUGAUCUGGCAGAGAUAAGGGUCAACGCAGGAGAAUCCUCUCUCCAUAACCUCUCAGCCUCUGGUGAGGAAAAUGAAAAAAACAGAUCGGGAUAUUCUCCUGUGCCCUCCACAACCAGCCCUGGAUACACUGCUGACACCAGUUCUCUGGACGACUCUACAGGUUCUGCAUCAUUCAGUCCCAUCAGAUCCCAGCUCCAGAAACUUAAAGCAGAGGAAACUGCAAAGGGUGAGGAAAAGGAUUCCAAAGAUGCUUCACAAGAGAAGCUCAGCAAAAUAAUAUCCCCAUCCAGUGGCUACUCCAGCCAAGAUGGCGCAUCGUCACAGGUUUCUAAACAGCCCCACAAGAGAGGCAUCUUAGCAACACUUCAAAGGUUUUUUCCAGGCUCCACUUCUGCUGCUUCAACCGCAUCCCCACUCCCGCAGGAUCUCAAACCUGACACGGUCGAUACGGUCAACGUCAGCCCUUCUGUAAGGGCCUUGAGAGAACUCUUCAACAUCCCUCCGCCACCUAAAGUCCAUGCACCUCCAGCCCCUCCUCCAGAGGUAUGGGCCCACAGCAAGCGUUCCUUUGAGCUGCUGCUGGGACCUCCGGCACCUGAUAACCUUUACGCUAUCAUAAAGAAGAAUCCAAAGGACAGGAGACAACAGAGGCAGUCUCCUUCUGCAUCUACAGAGAGCUCUGUGAAGAGCUUAGUGAUAGAGAGAAAACACAAGAAUCCAGCUGUGACAGUAGAGUCCGUUAAUAGAUCCCUAAAUGUGCUGGAGACAAAGGAAGUUCAGGAAAGUGGGAUUGUGAGUGCAGAGAUUCACAAAGAGAACAGCAGAUUGGCUGAGCAGAAUGUUGAUUUGAAAGGAAACAGUAAAGUGACAGAAAACGAUGAGAAAGGCAGAGUAAGUGACAUAAUAAAUGUGAUGUUAGUGAGGGCCGUACAGAAACGUGAAGGAAGGCUGGAAGCAGUGACAGAAGAAGAAGAAGCCAAGAAGACAUCCACACAAACUUCAGAGGUAAAGACAUACACGGAUACAUUACCUGCCAUUUCAUUAGCACGCAUUUUUCCAUCUCCCUCUCCUCAUCUGGUGCACCAUCCUCCCCAACAGACCACGGUUGCUUCAGUCACAUCAGUUGUUGUGUCCCCCGAGUCGUCCUGGCCCCCACCACCUCCACCACUGGCACAGGCAGGCCUCAAUGGGCCUGAUGUGAUUGAUUUCCCUCUUCCACCUCCCCCAAUGUUUAGUGAGGUGGCGUUAGUUGUACCUGUUCAGGUGCCACCAGAGAGGUCCAUUCCUGGUAGUGACUCCUCUUGCACUACUACGUCUGUUAUAUCAGUUGUGAAAACAGAACGUGUUGGGAUGAACACAGAGAUUGAACCCAGUCCAUCCCAGGGGACCGCACCUCCACCCCUGAGUAUCCCACCUCCCCCACCAUAUACAGCUCCCCCUCCACCAGUUAAAGCAGUCUCCCCUCCUACUACUAAAAAGUUCUCUCCUCCUCCACCACCUAAAGAGGUGACUCCUCCUCCUCCUCCACCACCUAAAGAGGUGACUCCUCCUCCUCCACCACCUAAAGACGCAUCUCCUGUGAGGCCCAAAGAGUCCUCUCCUCCCCUGGUUCAAGAGGCGCCCCCUCCCCUUGUUAAAGACGUGUCCGUAACACUGGUUGCGGUGGUAUCACCUUCACCAGUUAAAGAGAUCUUCCCUCCACUGGUUAUCAAGGUCUCCCCUCAGCCUCCUACAGCUGUCUCCACUGAAGAGGCUUCUUUUCCAUCUACUCAAGAGAAUGCUUGUCAAUCCUCUGAAGAAGUUAGCAAGCUCACUCCACCACAAAGUGUGCCACCUCCACCACCCUUGCCGUCACAACCCAAGUCAGAACAGGAGAUUGAUCUUCCACAAGACAGCAUCCCAUUCAAAUCUGAACCCAGCCCAGUUUCAUCUUGCAGUAUUCUCACUCCCCCUCAGAGUAACCCCCCUCCGCCUUCAGUACAGCUACAGCUUCUCCUCCAACCUCAGGUGCAGCCCCAGAACACUGAUAGUCCAGCAACCCAAGAGCCCCCCCCUUCGCCACCAUCUGAAGUCUCUAUCCCACAAGCCCUCGAAAACUCUCCUUGCCCAGAAAAGGCUCAAGAACCUGCUCCUUCUGCACCUGAAAACAAUUAUUUACCUGUGCAGGAUCUUGCCAACAUUAAGGACCCGUCUAGUCCUUCAAGCACAGAAAAACAAGCCCCAGAACUGAUGUCUGACCCUGUUGUACAGGAGGAACCCGCUCACAUUUUCACCCCUUCACCCAAUAGCAGCCCUGAGACUCCUGAAGCUCAGAAGCAACCAGAGGCAGAGGUCACAAUGAGGAAGCAGCAGCUCAGCAAUCUGCUCCCAACCUCAUCUGCCAGUGGUGAGGCUCCUCAGAAGCCCAUCAGGAGGUCUCUGAUCAUCAUCUCUCCACCACCCACCUCUCCACCAACCACCUCUCCACCACUCACCUCUCCACCACCCACCUCACCACCUGCCAUUGUUACUGCACAACCAGCUCAGCCAAAGUCCCAGUCUGUUUUGGUUCUACCUGCAUCUUCAUCAACUACAGUCAUCUCCCCUACGAAAAAGUCUCCUCCUGCCAUGACCACCUCCCCUUCCAUGAACCUACAGGAAGCCAUCCGCCUGAGGACUGCAGCCAGAUCAAAAGCCGGCCCUCCAGCUCGCCUCAGCUUGAACGCUUCAACAUCACCAGUAGACCUCCGUAAGUCCCCCUCCUGCACGGCAAGCUUUAUCUUCUCCAAGAGCAACAAGGUGGUGGUGAUCGAGACCAAGCCAGCACUGGAAACCAUGGCGCAAACAGAGAAGAAGCUGGAGGUUUCCUCUGUAACAAAGGGAGUCAAGGUGCCACCACCUGUUGCAAAGAAACCCACAACGAAGGGUAAAGCGAUUGAGACUGAAGGGACAGAGCAAACUGCAGGACAGGAAGCACUGCAAGAGAGUAUCAUGGAUGCUGCAGAGAAAACAAACGGGACAGCAGGUACUGUUGAAUUAGGAGGGACGCCAUCGACAUGAUUGUAAAGACUGAAGGAGACCUGGGGAAGGACUUACUAACAACACUGAAUUUGCUGCAAGUUGGCCAUUGUGAGAGAGACAAGAAUCUGGAUUAGGAUAGACGAGAUGCUUAUUUCAAAGCUUGCAUUUGGAAAAUCCUUUGACUUUACAUUAAUGGUGUGGGUCUUAAUUUUCUCAAGUACUCAUUUAGCAUUUUACUAAGAGUGAUUACAGCACAUUUUCUUUUGCCAGAGGGUCCUCUGAGCUGCAAGAGAUGGGAAUACAUCACCCUCUAGUGUCAGAUAUUGAUUGUAUCACUUGUGUCCUGCUGAAUCAGAGCUUUAGUCAGUACUUGUAACAAUGGGACUUUUGGGCGCUCGUCUGUAAAUAGAGCACGAUUUUGUACAUUUAACAUAUCCAGGAAUGAUGGAUCUGUGCGACAGAGUUCUGUAUUUUCUUCAAAAGAGUUUCCACACCAAUUAUUUGUUAAAAAAAUAUUAUCUAAGUUAUUUUUCCUGUUUUCCUGUUCAGAGGAGGGUCUCUAUAGACAGAAUGUCUGCUUUGCAGUGUUGUGCCCAAAUAUCAUUUAAAUCAAGUUGUAUGGCUCUUAAUCGUUUCCAAAUUUAUGUUAUCAAGAAUCCCACGUCAUUUUGUGAUUCAGAGCUCUCUUUGUGCAUGACCAUUAAUGUCACACAAACAAUGAGCAGACAUGUAAAGCAAUACUAGAGUCGUUAUUUUUUUUGCUGCUUUUAGUUAAGCCACUGCCUUUCCUCAGUUAUUGCUAAAACAGUGGGAUAUUUGUGUACAACUAUAAUAUAUAGUUCAAACUGGUUUCAGACACUGUAAUGUAAUAAAUCAUUUAUAAUGGAAAGAAUAAAGAUUUAUGGACCGAU